AUGGCUAGAGAAAGUGACGCUCCUAAGGAGCCCCAAACCCCCGCGCGCCCAAAGGAAGCGAAAAAGCAUUCUAUUUCUCAGGAGCCAGAGUUUGGCAAACCCUCGCCUCUUGGUCAACCUGCUCAGAGAUCCAAUGCCAAUCACCUCUUCAAUAUUCCCAAGCAAAACCGGGCGCGCCCAGAGCACCAUCGACCUUACCAGCACCAGCAACCAUAUCCCGUCCAACCACAUCGAACUCAGCCGGGAGUGCCCAGUGGUCCUUCGGCCACGCCCUCGGCAAACCGACGUGGGCCAUUUGACCCUUUCCAGCCCGUCAAACCGUCUGCCUACAAUGAGUACCGGUCAGGAAUUCCCCCGGGUGCGACUCCGAUCAAACGCCCCGAACAAGUGUCGUAUGCUACCCCUCGGGCCCCACGGGCACUUUUCACGUCAAAGCCGUCCGCGCCGAAGCCGUCCUACGCCUCGAAAAACCUCCAAGCUUUCAUUGAUCUUACAAACGAUGGAUCCUCUUCAAACACCCCGCGCAACACUCAGCAGUAUAGCCAGCCGUCCACUUUUGGUUCCGUGGAUGUGCACGGUUACGUCGAUUCUGCCAAAGCGAAUGAAAACAUAAAGGCUCUGCUUGAGGGUGCGUUUGAAGAUGAAGAAGAAGCGAAAGCAAAGUCUAAGGGAAAGAAGAAGAAGAGCAAGAAGUCUAAGAAGACUGAAAAGAAGGAAGCUUCUCCAAUUGUGAAGAGUGGCAGCAGCGACCUCGAUGACUUGGCUGCUCAGCUUCAGGGUGUCACCGUCAAUGACCCGAAAGAUGGCGAAGAAGACUCUACCGAAAAUCUCCAUGAAAAGAAACCCAAAACAUCUGAAGAGGAUACGGAAGCUGACGAGACCAAAGAGGACGCUGCAGAUGAGGAGGGCGACGAGGCUGAAGCAGAGGACGAUGAGGAAGAGGAUUCUGAUGACGAAGAGGAGUUGAUUAUCGAGGGACUGAAAGUAACAUUACUGCCUCACCAAGUCGAGGGUGUUCGCUGGAUGUGCGACAAAGAGACCGGCCGAAACUCGACCAAAGGAAUUGUGCCCAAGGGUGGAAUCCUUGCAGACGACAUGGGCCUGGGUAAAACCGUUCAAGCCAUAUCCCUACUGCUCAAAAACCGCAAGCCCGAACACGAACACAGCGACGACACCGCCAACAAGAAAGAAGACGAGGAAGAUGCACCACCAUCCGCCCGCCUUAGCAAGACUACCCUUGUGGUUGCACCCCUAGCACUUAUCAAGCAAUGGGAAGGUGAGAUCGCCGACAAAAUCGAGAGAUCCCAUAAGCUCCGCGUCUGUCUCUAUCAUGGGACAAACCGUGCAAAGACCGCCAAAUCAUUGGAUGACUACGAUGUUGUCAUUACCACUUACGGAACUCUUACCUCGGAGUCAAGUACUGCAGCUGCGGAUAAGGUCAAGAAGUCAGGCAUCUUCUCUGUGUACUGGUAUCGAGUAAUCCUUGACGAGGCCCACACCAUCAAGAAUCGGAAUGCCAAGGCGACACAAGCUGCUUGUGCUUUGGAUGCUAGAUAUCGGUGGUGCUUGACUGGAACGCCUAUGCAAAACAAUCUGGAUGAGUUGCAGAGUUUGAUCAAAUUCCUCCGCAUCAAACCUUUCAAUGACCUUGCAGCUUGGCGCGAUCAGAUCAGUCGGCCACUAGCAAAUGGACGCGGUGGCCUUGCUAUCCAACGUCUACAGGUCUACUUGAAGGCUUUCAUGAAACGACGCACCAAGGAUGUUCUUAGAGGCAAUGAGGACGACAAAUCCGAAGGACCUGAUGGAAAACCGAAAAAGUCCAAUGGCUUCAAGAUUGUCAAGCGCGAAGUGAUUAAGGUGGAAGCAGAGUUCAUGGAAGGAGAGAUGAACUUUUACAAGCGAAUGGAACAACGCACCGAAAACCGCCUUGAGGAGAUGAUGGGUGGAGCCAAGGUUGACUAUGCUGGUGCGCUGGUCUUGCUCUUGCGUCUUCGCCAAGCGUGUAACCAUCCUGAGCUGGUCAAGAGUGAUCUGGCUGUGGACAAGGAUGUUCUGUUGCAGAAUGGCAACCCUGGAAGCCAGUCAUCCGGAUCGAAGAAAGAUGAUCUAGAUGACAUGGCCGAUCUUUUUGGAGGAUUGAGUGUCAUGACCAAGAAAUGUGAUAUUUGUCAAGCGGAACUAAGCCAGGCAGAAUCAAAGAGCGGGGCCAGCCACUGCAACGAGUGUGAAACCGACUUGAAUACUAAUUUCAUGAGCAAGGACAACAAGAAGAAGUCAAAGAAAACACAUAGGCACCAUGAGGUCACAACAAUUGCAAGCCCCAUUGCUACCGCUCGCUCCCGCAAGAACCGCAGAGUAAUUCUUGAUAGUGACGAUGAAGAUGAAGAGGAGGGUGAAUGGAUCGUCUCCGAGGACCAACGCAAGAUGCCCAACCUUGGCAAGGCCGGUGGAUCAGACGACGAAGACGCCGAAGGUGGCGGAGAGUGGAUUGGCUCCGGUGACUCUGAUCUGGACUCGCCGUCGGUGAAGAAGUCCCAGCCUAUUGUCCUGAGCAGCUCUGAAGAUGAAUCCGACUCGGACGAAGAUAUGCCUUAUGAAGGCGAAAACGGAGAGCUACCAUCAACCAAGAUCCGCCACUUGAUGAAACUCCUCAACAAAGAAUCCGCAGACUACAAAUUCAUUGUGUUCUCUGUUUUCACUUCGAUGCUUGAUAAGAUUGAGCCAUUCUUGAACAGUGCGAACAUUGGAUUUGCACGUUACGAUGGCGCUAUGAGAAAUGACCACCGUGAGGCCAGUCUCAACAAGUUGAGGAAUAACAGUGGCACCCGGGUAUUGCUCUGCAGUUUGCGCGCUGGUGCACUGGGCCUCAACCUGACGGCUGCCAGCCGUGUUGUAAUCCUGGAGCCAUUCUGGAACCCCUUCGUGGAAGAACAAGCCAUUGACCGUGUCCACCGUCUCAACCAAACCGUUGAUGUGAAAAUCUACCGAAUGAUCAUCAAGGGUAGUGUCGAAGAGAGAAUCGUUGCGCUACAGGAUCGCAAACGAGAACUAGCCAACAUGACAAUCGAGGGCAAGUCUGGCGCUGGAAAAUUGACUAUGAAUGACAUGAUGGCCUUGUUUGGUCGUGAUGCCGAGUCAAAAUACACCCCAACCGACACGCAGGGGAAGCUGGACUUCAAUCAGCCAACUCGGUUACUGAACACCACUGAAGACAUCGAUCCUCCUAUGCCGCCUCAGUCUUCAGCACGGACUGACUCCCGUAAUCGAGAGCGUCGGCAGCAAUCCAAUCGGUCCACACCUGAAGAUUCCGUGUAUGGGCGACGGUGGUAG